AUUGUGGGAUAGGAUUCGUUUAAACAAAAUGGCUCUCAACAUGGCUUCCAUCGAGAUGCGAUGAACGUAGGAAUAGAAAAUUUAACUAACGGACAUAUGAAGGAUGUAGAAAGUAUAACCGUUUAUUGGUAUGGCUCUGGUGGGAGCUUGUAAAAGAAUCUAGCGAAUAUUUCUAUGCAGUUCUUGAUUACUGCAAGACAGAGCCGACCGGCUAACCGGAUUACAUGCGCUGUUAUUAGAUUUGGAUUAAAGAUUGUUAAACGUUAAACUAGCAAAAUGAUGUGUGAUGUGAUGCCAACCAUCUCAGAAGAUGGGCCAAACGAUAGGGACUCGCAAUAUUCGGGCGAUGACGCCAAUUUCGAACAACUGAUGGUCAACAUGCUCGAUGAACGCGAUAAACUUAUGGAGACGCUGAGGGAGACUCAGGAGGAAUUAAUGAUCAGUAAAGCUAAAUUACAGGAACUCGAACGUGAGCGCGACCUACUACAAAAGCAAAUACAAUGUAACGCUCCUCAGGAACUCUCCAACUUAACUAAAGAUUUAAGCGUCACCAAAGAAAAAUUAAUUGAAAAGGAAGAGGAAGUCAGUGAAUUAAAAGCCGAAAGAAAUAAUACACGGCUACUCCUCGAACAUUUGGAAUGUCUUGUAGCCCGUCAUGAGAGAUCUUUGAGAAUGACCGUCGUUAAACGACAAGCAUCUUCCCCGGCUGGUGUUUCUAGCGAAGUGGAAGUUCUAAAAGCUCUUAAAUCGCUUUUCGAACAUCAUAAAGCCCUCGAUGAAAAGGUUCGGGAAAGGUUAAAGAUGUCGUUGGAAAGAAUUCAACAACUUGAAGAAGAAUUAGGAAAUGCCAAUAACGAAUUAUUUCACUUACGGGAACAAGAAGCCAAACAUCGGCAUUCCACUAUAGAAGAUUCCUCGAACACUUCCAAUGAUAUUUCCCACACGAAAGACAAAGAGUCUAAUAAGCAUACGUUGAACGGCUGUCUAGAAGAUGGAGACAAUAAAGAAAAUGAUAAAAACGAUAGUCGCUUAGCUAAAGUUAAAAUAAUUGAAUUAACCAAUAAAUUGAAUGAAAUUGAAGAGCAAUUAAGUAAUUCUCAAAAAGAAGUUGCGAAAGGACAUGAUCAAAAUUCGAAAUUGCAACGAGAUUUGCGAGAGUCUUUAGCUCAACGUGAAGAUCAGGAAGAGAGAAUUGCAACUUUGGAAAAGAGAUAUUUGAAUGCCCAACGUGAAUCUACCUCAGUACACGACGCCAACGAUAAAAUGAAAGCAGAAUUGGCUAUGAAAGAAGCACAGUUAAAAACGACUGAAGACAAAUUACGUAAUCUUCAAGAGAAAUUGGAUACUGUCGAGCAGAAACUGCAACGCAAUUCUGAAACUUUACCGUCCGUUGAAGCGGAAUUAGCUCAAAGAGCCGAAGCCCUAUCCCAAGCUGAAGAACGGUUUGGGACGAAUGAAGAGAGGAUUAAGAAUUUUGAAAAUCAACUGGAAGAGAGAAGUCAGGAAUUACAAAGGGCUAAACAGAGAGAGAAGAUGAACGAAGAGCAUAAUGCUCGUUUAUCAGCUACUGUCGACAAGCUCUUAUCCGAAUCUAAUGAAAGAUUACAACUUCAUCUCAAAGAACGGAUGCAGGCACUGGAGGAUAAAAAUAAGCUGAAAAAUGAAUUAGAGCAAUUGAGGAAAAGCGGCGAAGAUAUGAAAAUGGAGCGGGAUCAUUGCCAAUCCGAAGUUGAUAGGUACAAGCGCGACGUUAUCGAGCUACAAGCCCAAAUCGAUAGACUAAAUAAUACGGCACCAGUGGAUCCGGAAGUAUAUAGAAGGAAUCAACGUGGAAGACAGGGGCUGAUUGAUGAUCCUAAUAAAGUUCACACUUUAAAUGAGCAAGAAUGGGAUAAACUACAGCAAGCUCAAGUUUUGGCAAAUGUGCAUCAUGCUUUCGACGCGAGCGAUACGGAAGCCGUAACAGAUGAUGAAUCUAUGUUUGGACCUGUAGAUGUUCUCUCUCCAACUGGUCAUGCUGAUGCUCAAACACUAGCACUUAUGCUUCAAGAUCAAUUGGAUGCUAUUAACAAUGAAAUUCGAUUAAUCCAGGAGGAAAAAGAAUCCACAGAACAAAGAGCGGAAGAGUUAGAAAGUCGAGUAGGUAGUGGUAAUUUGGACGUAGCUUCAGUAAGGUCAUACAGAUGGAGGCCUCCUCCUGAACGUUCCUCUUUGGAGCGUGUCUCACCGCCUUUAUCUGGGCGAUCAACGCCCUCUCCACAUUACCCGACCGUUCCAAGAGAUUUCAUGCAUAAGUAUAACACAGCACCGGCUGGUUCGUUAAGUCAUCAUAUGUAUGCUUAUUCGUCUAGUCCGCAAAUUGCCUUGUCAAAUAGUUCUGAUUUACAGCCUUUACAGCCUGCAAGCGCAUCCCGUGACGAUUUGUCAACCAGAGAAGGAGAUUGUAGUCCUCCAGCAACACCGCAUUCUAUGAGGUUGGACAGAAGUGAUCAUACCAUAAAUACCAGCUAUGGAAUACUAACAGGCGAGCAAUUAAUGAAUGCGUCUGUUUCUUCAUCUUCUUCCGGCGGAACAACCGCUGGAACAACUGCUGGAACGGCUGCCAGCACAACAGUUUCCACUGCGCCACAAACAACUAUGAGCACAAGAUCUGUGAUUGCUCAACCAACAUUUAUCAGAACAUCAAUGGAUAGUUCACAAAGUACACCCAGCCCUCUAAGUUCGAACAAUUCGUCACAAGAUUCCUUGCAUAAACAACCAAAGAAGAAGGGAUUGAAAGGAUCGUUAAGCCGCUGGUUUAAAAAGGAUAAGGUUCGGGGAAAGGAGCUAUUAACAGCCCAAUUCCAUGCCCAUCAUUCCUCCUCGCCAAGUAAACAAACUAACAGCGGAAUAGUAUCGUCGGCUUCGGCGACAAUAAGGCGACCCCUAACGGAUACACUACGUACAACAACUUCCGCUUCGGCGGCGAAUUUUCAGAACAUUGACGACGAACUCCUUAAUACUACCUCGCCGUAUGCUGAAGUAGAAAUUGGCACAGAAAACAUGGGAAUGACUCUUGGUAAACAAUCCGAGUUUGAUAGACGUAAAAAGAAGAAGAAUGAAUUAUUAGAGGAAGCCAUGAAAGCUGGUACGCCAUUUGCCCUGUGGAAUGGCCCAACGGUGGUUGCAUGGUUAGAAUUAUGGGUGGGCAUGCCAGCGUGGUACGUUGCUGCUUGCAGGGCAAACGUCAAAAGCGGAGCGAUUAUGUCCGCUUUGUCUGAGCAAGAAAUUCAACGCGAAAUCGGUAUUAGCAAUCCAUUGCACAGACUAAAAUUACGAUUAGCAAUUCAAGAAAUGGUUUCGCUGACGUCACCGUCAGCACCACCCACUUCUAGGAUGUCAUUAGCCUUUGGCGAUAUGAACCACGAAUGGAUAGGCAACGAAUGGCUUCCUUCCUUAGGCCUACCUCAGUAUAGGACGACUUUUAUGGAAUGUCUAGUCGACGCUCGUAUGUUGGAGCACUUAACAAAGAAGGAGUUACGUGGCCAAUUGAAAAUGGUGGAUAGCUUCCAUAGAACUAGCUUACAAUACGGUAUAACCUGCUUGAAGCGAUUAAACUACAAUAGACAAGAAUUGGAAGCUCGCCGAGAAAAUUCCGAACUGAAUGAUAUAAUCGUUUGGACGAAUGAACGAGUUAUAAAAUGGUUAAAUUCUAUAGGGUUGAAAGAAUACUGUAAUAAUCUCAUAGAAAGCGGCGUUCAUGGCACCCUUAUUGCUCUAGAUGAGAGUUUCACGCAUAGCAUAUUAGCCUUGGCUAUGCAAAUACCAACUCAGGAUUCAAACGCACGCCAGACGCUUGAAAAAGAAUUUAACCAUUUACUCACGAUAGGAACGGAUCGACGUGUUGAAGAGAGUAACACGUAGCGAGAUGGUAAGGAAGUUUUCUUUAUCGCUCAUGUUCCUCUUACCUUUUUUUUUCCUUUUUUUUUUUAAUUAAAUAUUGUAUUAUAAAAUUAUGCAUAUAUAUAUAUCAUAUUAUAUCUAUUAGAAUAUUGUUAUAGUAACAUACAUCUAUGUAUAUAUGUUUGUAUAUGUUGCCGAAUUUUUUUUUGCACUAAUCCAAACUAAUAAUUAGAUAGGGCUAUGGCUUUUUUUUUUGGGUUUUUUUUUUUACUUAACAGCUCAACACAAACAAAAUUGUUUUCUCGAAAACAAACAAAAUUCAUUCUUUGUUUAUUAAAUUAUUUUUUAUUAUUAUCAUUAUUACUAUUACUAUUAUUAUUGUUUUCAUAAUAAUCUACUAUCCCUCCCCCGACUUUCACUUAAUCAUCAUUACAACUACUCUUUUCUUAUUCAUCUAUCUAUUUUAUACUAUUUCCUUUCUCCUCUCAUUUCCUUGCCCUUCCUUCCCUCCUUUCUUUUGCUGAAUCUACCUCCCUUAUAAAUAAUAAUAGUAAUAAUAAUAAUGAUAAUAAGAACAUUAUAAUAAAUAGAUAACAUUAUUUGUAUUUUCUUUUUUAUUAUCAUCAAAAUGAAUAAUUAAAAGCAUGAGUUUGCUGUGGCUAACGUAGAUCAAUAGUUCGUUAGUUAGUUAUUGUUUGAAGUACAAUACUUGGGCCUGUUUGGUGUAAUAUUAGGUAUAAUUAUUCUAUUUGUUGGAUUGAUAAAAUGAGACGAAUCGUAAUUAUAUAAAUUGUUCAAAACGAUGUUCAUAGCCGAUAAGUCGUAUUUGUGGCAUAAUUUAUUCGAGAUAGCCGCCAUCUUUCGCCUCUUGGUCGUCCCACAGGUGGAUGUCGAUCGUUUAGGCGAUAUACAGUUUGCGUCAAGACUACAAAGUACUAGCCACUUGAGAAAACGCUGUCUAACUAUUUUAGUAUUAUAGAGAAGUAAACCGGAAAUGUAAUGAAAGCUGUAGCCGGAUGCCCGGGUAGGGUUUGUUGGCAAGUAGAGAAACAUUUGUGGAUGGGUUAAUAAAUUCAGUGGACGACGAGAUUGGAAGCCGAAUAUUUGAAUUCCACCGGAUUUGUGGGCUGAAGCGAUCGUUGUUUGCCAUAUAUUUUCUGUUAUAUGUAGAUCGUCUCCCGGCUCCAGCCAGAGAAUAGAGCCAAAUUCAAUCACUGCCAUCUGUUGGUUUCAUUAUAAAUUAUAUAAAUAUGACCUAAAUUGUACUUUUCCCUAUCCCCUCCUGUAUUGUAGAGGAGAGAAAAAAAGACAAGACUAUAGUAUUAUGUAUAUUUGUUAUUUACUUGUAAAAGUAGUGGCCUCCAAGUGUGUUUAAAGCGAACUCGCCUUGGAUUGAUAAACCGUUUUUGAAAACCUCGAAUUCCGACAUUGCACAAGUUCUUGAGCUAGAGAAUAAAUAUUUUAUUUGUAUAAAAAGUCAAAUCUUUAGAGAGAAAGGUAUCGUAAAUAUGUACAAUUUCAGACAAGAAUGCGAUAAGGAUACGGUGGCUGACUUACCGAAUUCCUCUGAUAAGGAAAGGGAGACGCGAAACUGAAAAGGGCACCAUCUUGGAGAAAGAAAUUGAAGGCGAAAGAUAGCCAAAGUCCUUCGGUUUCUGCGUCUAAUUCCCCAUCCAGACGCGCUAAAAGGGGCGAUAGUGAACACUGAUUAUAGGAGAAAAAAAUCGCACAAAUUUAGCAAUAUGUAUAAAUAUAUAUACGUACAUACACAUCAUUCAUUUUGUAUAUAUGUAUAUAUAUAUCUAUAUAUAUAUAUAUAUAU